UCCUCAAACCCCUUCCCCAUCUCCUCCUCUUCCUGCCUCUUUCUUAUUCUUGGUCAGACGACGACCGUGCCUCCACUCUGCCGCCGCUUCUUCUUCCUGAUUGUCCUGCGAGGCUGCACAAGGCUCCAUUUAUGAUCGAACAACUUGCUGGAGGCUCCUAGAUAAUAACCAAGUUGGUCUUUCUCAGGUGGAUAGCUGGUCCGACAGGGCUGGCUUGAAAAGAGCAACCACGGCUCCAAAUAAAGGAUCCCGUGUUACACUAAGAAGGGGAACACAAUGUGCCCAUCGCUUUCCUAAGUUUCUUCUUGCGUCCCCUUCUUUCCACGGUGGCCGUGGUGCCCUCCCAUCUGCAGGGGGGCAUCCUUCUGAUUUGACCUACCUUGCUGGUGGUGGUUCUGUUGAAGUCUGAGUUAGGGUUUAGCAUUGUAGAUAUUCUGUUAGUAGUAGUACAUUCAUUAAGCUUCGUAAGUAUGGUAUCAACCACGGAGUUCAAAGGUCAAUAUUCAUUGCCGAGCAAGAACUCUCCUCUUAAUCAAUUUGAAGGUGUGAAGACACAUCUUUACCGCCUCGGCUCAGAACAUGAAAAUGGCACCCUCAGAAGCUUUGCAUAUAGUGAUCAAGGCAGUCCAAGUUUGCUUGAUACAAUCAUUCUUUCUCAGUGGGAGGAUUUUGCUUGGAAGGGCCAUUUUGGAUAUGACGUCACUGCUUGCAAUCUUAAGGUCAUUGAAGGUGGAUGGAGUUUUGUUGUUCAGCUGAAUGAUAAGUGGAAUUCAUGUGUCCUCAAGGAGCAUGACACGUUCCUUGGACCUGCUGGAUGCCUGAAGCCAAACUGUAUGAAUAGUUAUGAUGAAUUGCUUCUGUGCAUUUCUCAAGGUGACAAGGAUAUACCUGAGGUUGUUCCUUCAACAAAACCACCAAAGGAUGGGCUACUGCUGAUUGCAAAUGCAUAUCCUGUUGAAUAUGGUCAUAUCUUCUUGGUCCCAAGUGCAAUCAAUCAGCUGUCGUUCUUUUGGGACAAAAGGAUGUUUAGUCUGGUUGCAAGGAUUGCCUCCGAAGUAAAUAGUGCAGCAUUCCGGGUUUUCUUUGACAAUUGCACAUCCACUAUGCCAGAUUGCACAUUUUUUCAGGCUUGUUACUUUGCAAACCUUUUGCCAGUGGAGUCUGCACCAUCCGUUGCAAUAUAUGAUAGCAAAGCCACAACAGGAGUUUGUCUCUAUGAAAUAGUUGAUUAUCCUAUGAAGUCGCUUGUGUUCACUGGCAAUGACGUAGACACGCUUGCCAAUUUUGUCAGUGAAGUAUCUUUAACUUUGCAUGACAACAAUACUGCGUUCAGCCUGCUGAUCUCCAACAAUGGCACAAAGGUUUUCUUGUUUCCACAGGUGAAGAAUCUGGCUACUGGCUGUUACCUUUCUGCUUGGGAGUGUGGUGGCUACUUCAUUUAUCGUACCAAGUAUGAUUUCGACAGAGCUUCAGAGACUGAAAUUUCAAGUAGAAUGGCAUCAGCCACUCUCCAAGAUGGCGCCUUUGAGGACUUGAAGAAUCUUUGUAGCGCUGUUGCUGAUGAUCUUAUCAUGUAAAGCUUGUGCUAUCAAACUGCAAUAAUAAAACACUGUACGAGGGUCCGUUCGUUAUGUCUAGCGGUUUAUGCACUGAUGGUAAUUAAA